AUGUUUUACCCCUCCAAUUUUUUUUCGCCAGAUCCAAGCUGUGAUUUUGAAAGGGAUUUCUGCUCGUGGAAGCAGUUAACAACAGAUGAUUUUGAUUGGACGCGAAAUAAGGGGAAAACAUCAUCUGAUGGAACCGGUCCUUCAACUGAUCACAGUGGAAAUGGUACGAAAUAUUGAAUGUUUCUCAACUGACAAGAACAAACCUAAUUCUAAUUCAGUUGAUUCUUUAAAGGUCCUUUAAGGGCUCUCUGUAACUCCGGAGCGCAAUCAAUUUAUUGGACACAACUCAACUAUUGGACACAACUCUUAGAAACUGAACUAACAUCAACCUUGACUGUUACAAAGAAUUCAAGGCUCGUUAGCAGUUGUGACACAGACGAUUUUGCAGCCAUGCUUUUGAUGGAUUUAGUCAAUUUCAGCAACUCCUCACCCGAAACUCACUGUUUUGACCAAAAAAAAAAAUUCCUCAACUUGAGUGUGAAAUGGUAGCCCGCCGUCUCCUUCCUUUAACCUGGGGGCUAAAGUGCGAAGCAUGAAAAGUUUCGCCAGUUUUAUCUGACUAACGUGCGGUAGGUGUAGAUAUACAUGUAUACAAGAAAGAAUAAUGGAACAGAGAGAAAAACGUCCCGUCUAUCUCUUGUGAUAUGUGAAUUUCACCAAAGUUAUUUUUAGACAAAUUAAACGCCUCAAAUUAAUCAGAAGUUGGUUUCCGAAGAGGUUCGCAAACUUCUAUUCAGUCAGUGUUGGCAAGGGGACACUAUGCUCUGUUGGUGUGUCGCCAUUACAAAAUGAUACAGAAAGUGAGUCUAUUACAACCUACAGCUUCAAGAUAUAUAAGAAAAAAAAUGGUCCCCACGAAAUAGCUAACCGUGUAGAGAUUAAAAUUUUACUUACUUAUUACUAAGAGAGAAUAAGGUACCUCAUUCUCUCAUGCACUAAAGUAUUACAAUGGUUCUCACCGAAAUUAGCUAAAUACGUGGCGGGCCGCUUUAAUAGAUGUAUCUCCCCAUGAUAAUCACAACAAAUGUUGCGAAAAUUCUAGAUCUCAAAUCGUCUUCCGAACAGAUAUUUUCCGAAAAUUGACGUUGGGUGCCCCUGAUAAACAGACAAGUCACUAUAAAACUAGCAGAUUAACAUCUACGUUUCGGUAACAUCGGGGCAACAUCAUCACACGUUUUUCUGCCUGACUGCCAUAUUACCCAAGCCCGUCUCAGAGGGUCGAGGCCGAAAAGAUGUUGUCAUUUUUGUUGUUGUAUUCACUGACAGGCUAUUACAUUUACAUCGAAACCUCCAGCCCCAGAGAAGAGGAUGAUAUAGCUAUGCUAAGAUUUCAAGGCAAGAGCGACAAGCCCUCGGUUUGUCUUUCUUUCUAUUUUCACAUGUAUGGAAAUGACGUCGGCGAAAUAUACCUUUACAAUCGUGGUAGGACAGUAUGGAGAAUGGCUGGGAAUCAAGGCGAUUUGUGGAGGAGGGCUGAAAUUAAAAUUACAGGAGACUAUGAC